UACAAUUGAAAAUUAUAAAAAAUUAUUUUUAGGAUUGCCCAGAAGGAAAUAUCAAAACGUGGAUGGUUGACAUAUACAGAUAUCUCCGUAUUGAGUCGAGGAUCGGUGAUGUUACAGUGUUGGACUAUUAUAAUCGAUAAUGUGGUUCAGAUUAUUGCAGUAUCAAUGAUAGCAUACGUUGCUGCAGCAUUAAUGCUUGUGGGUUCAGUGACCAUGGUUAAUCGUUACAGUCCAAUGAACAGAAUACUGAGAAAUGCAAAAGAAAAUACAAAUUUGGAUAUAGAUUUAUCUGUCGCAAUUCAUAACUCCUCUUCUACUCCUAUGAAAAUUGAUGUUGAAGUAAAUAUGGACAAAAUUGAAACUAUAAUCAUUGGUGAACAAUCUAUAGUGGAUAAUAAUAGCUGGAAGCAAGUAUCUGUAUAUAAGCCACAUCAUAAUGCUUGUAAUCAUAAUUUUCCAUUUGUCAGAACCAUUGCAUAUAAACCUCUCAAUAGGAUUCAUACAUUCCCAUCUCAGAAUAGACAGUUGAAGCAACCUGGCUAAGAUAAUUAAUUUCAUUACCUGUUGGUUAUUGUAUGUUUUCACCAAGUUUCAUACAGGGUGUCUCAUAAGCAUGGAAUCAUAGGAGUUUUAUUUAUUUUUGUUCAUUCUUCUACAGGUAAAUCAGGGUGUUGAGUGAGGAGGGACAAAUUCAUGUUAUUUUAAUAGUUUGAACCCACAGUCAGUACAAAGUUGCCAAAUAGUUUAACAAUACUGUUGUAUGCAAUUGGUGGAAAGUGUGGAGUCAACCUGUUAUACUCUUUGGCAAUUUCAUACCAUCAAAAUAAGUUUCUCUUUAUUUAGCACCAUACUUUAUCUGAAAAAGAAUAAACAAUGAGUAACAUAACUCCUGUAGCUUCAGAUUUAUGGCACAUCCUGUAUAAUAACUGUCAUUAUUUUGAUAUCAUAAUACUUUUUAAAACUAAAAAAA